CGGCGGCGCGGAGCGUGUCGGGAAAGCGGCGGGCUGGUGCGAUCCUUGGCGGCGGCGGCGGCGGCGGCGGCAGCUGCGAUAGCGGGAGCCAUGGUGGGUGGCGAGGCCACCUCCGCGGUGGAGAAGCUAGUUUCCGGCGUGCGGCAGGCUGCCGACUUCGCCGAGCAGUUCCGUUCCUACUCGGAGAGCGAGAAGCAAUGGAAAGCGCGCAUGGAGUUUAUCCUGCGCCACCUGCCUGACUACCGAGACCCACCGGACGGCGGCGGUCGCCUGGACCAGCUACUGUCCUUAUCCAUGGUCUGGGCCAACCACCUCUUCCUGGGUUGCAGUUACAAUAAAGACCUUCUGGACAAGGUGAUGGAAAUGGCUGAUGGGAUUGAAGUGGAAGACCUGCCACAGUUUACAAGCAGAAGCGAACUAAUGAAAAAGGUGAGAAGCGUUUGCAAGUGUAGAGACAAAGCCCCCAGCUUACCCUGUAUCGGGUUGGUUCAAACAUUCUUUUUUUUUUUUUUUUUCUUUUUUUUUUCGGAGCUGAGAACCGAACCCAGGGCCUUGCGCUUCCUAGGUAAGCGCUCUACCACUGAGCUAAAUCCCCAGCCCUGGUUCAAACAUUCUUGUUUCCUGCCCCACAGUCUUAAGUCCUUCGUCAUUUCUUCACAGCUUGUAGGAACCUUUUCAUUAACUAGAUAACAAGUCAGCGUGAUAAAUUAUGCAUUGUCUGUGGAGUAACACAUAGGCUCGAUCUCUUCGGUUUGUCUGCAACUCUCCUUUUCUCUUGGUGCCAGGGAUUGAACCGUGCUCCUUAUGCUGGAAAGACUAGGAAUCUGUACAGGGGGUCCUAAAAACAAACUAAAAACAUUUUCCAGCUAUACUGCUCCUGAAGGACUGAAUGGACAUCACAGACAUUUUACACAGUCGUGUUUAUUACUGCCCUAUUCAUAGUAACCAGCCUCGGUACCCAGUAGAUGAUGAAAAUGCAGUUCAUAUACACAAAGAAAUGUUGUGCAAAGAAAGAUGAAACUGAACGUUCACAGGAAAUGGACCAAAAUGGAGAUCAUUACAUCGAACAGAAAAGGCUAGAAUGAAGAAAAUCAAACUCCAUGUUUUCUUUCCCAGGUGAAGUGUAGGGUGUGUGUAUUAUUUGUGCAUUAACGAGAGUUGAGCCUAGAGCCUUGGAUGUCCCAAGCACGUGCUCUCCCCUGAGCUUCGUAUCCAGUUUUUCUUUCCCUUUUUCACACAGUGUCUUACCCAGGCUUCACCUUGACCUUUAGCCUGCAGGCCCUGCAAUGGAAGUCCUGCCCCUGCUUCCUGGUGGCCUCGAUGACAGAUCUCUGUCUCUAGGCACAGUGGUUUUGCUUUUUCAUUUAUUUAAUUAGGUUUUGUUUUGUUUUUCGUUCUUUUUUCCUCCUGAGUUCUGGGAUUAUAGGAAUAAACCCCCAGACUUGGCUUGUUGUGCUUAUUUGAAAAAGGAAAAUUCUUGAUGAGGCUGUUAAAGUUAGAGGUACUACACUUUAGAGCAGUUCAUACACCGUAUCUCUGCCUUAGCAGGUCAGGGCUGGACCAGACCUGUAUGGACUAACUGAUAAGGAAUGUCCAGACUCCACAGCUGAGGUCUGGCCUUCAGGACUUAGUCUUAUGGCUGUGGCCUUGUCCACAGUGAGCUUUGCCCUAGAGUCUUAUGUCUGGAUCCUGGGUCCCUGGGGCCAGGGAGAGGCAGAGGAAACGUUGGAGAAUGAGGCCGUGAGUCUUGGCUACACCCCACCCCCACCACCACAUGUUUUUUUCUCACAUCUGUCCCUGUCUCUUUAGGCAGCAGGAUUGCUCGUUUCCUAAAGUUCAUUUGAUAUCUAUCCAGCCUUUUAUAUAAAAUUUCAAGUUCUUUAUUUGGGUAGAGUAUAAGAUUUACUAUUGAGCAUGAUUCAGGAGAUAGUGUAGCCAUGUAGAAGCCAAGAGUGUAGGGCCAGCUCUGACACCACAGACAGAGAGCACCCACUUCUCAGCCACCAAGUCUUCAAGUUUACUUACAUUAAACUUGGUGAUCCCCACAUCUGUAGGCCAUGGCUUUUGGGCAGCCAGUGAACUUCAGCUUGAUCUUAUGCAAGGCGUCAUCACAUGCUUCUUAGCUUUGCACAGAUGUACGUGAUGACCUAGCCAGUGUGAACCCAGGCCACCCUGUCCUGGAGUUUCCCAGAGUCAUCUCAAAUAUCUGUCUGGAGCCUGGAAGCCGUAACAUGGAACAACAGGACAGUGUCUGAUUGAUAAGGGUGAUAUGGAAAGGGUGGAGCUAUGCUCUUAGGGAAGCCAUACUUGCUCAAAUGUACUUGACACCAAUAUUCCAGGGCUUUGAAAGAACCAGCGUGUGGAAACAAAGUAGGAAUUCUCCUACUUUUGUCUUCUGUUUUCUGUCUUCUGAUCUUGGGCCAGUGAGGUGAGAUGGCUCAGCCAGAUGCAGGUGUUUGCUGGCAAACUUUAAGACCUGAGAUCAAGCCUUGGAACCCAUGGUGGAAAGAGAGAAUCAAUUCCUGAAAGUUGUCUGCUAACCUCCACACGUGCUGUGGCCUGCUCACAUAUAUGAGCACAUGCAGAGUGAUAAAUAACAGUGUAAACAACAGGGAUUCUUCCAGGAGGCUGGAAUGUGUUUCGGUGACAGUGCUAACCCGGGUCUGGUUACCCUAGAACCCUGGCCCUAGUACCCGCAACAAAACUAACUCCUGAACAAAAGCUGCCAAUGAGGACAAGUCAUCCACACAACUGACUGCUCUGUGAGUCGGCUGCACAGAUAGCUUGUCCUUCCUUUCACAUCAGGCGAAGCUGAAGAGCACUAGGCCAGAAAGCUAAAGCCUUGUCUUUGUGCCAGCCAGAACUUAUCCUCUAGAGUUGGCGUGUAGUUGGGUUUUCGACUUAGCUGGCACAUGAAAAUGAAUUGCUCAGCACUGUUGGCACCUGGAGAUCAGGCAGUGACGAUGACUUAGACAUAAGCUCUCUAGAGUCAAGUUUUAAAAAUACAUUUCCCUCCCGCAGCUUUUGAGCAGGUGUCUCUCUAUCCAGCCCUUUGUGUUUGGUCUGAGGACUGAGUGUGACAGUGGGAGUCACUGGGAGGACUGAGUGUCAGCAGUUGGGAGGAGUGUGUGCUCUCAUCUGAAAAGGGGAAUUCGGCACAAGCACGUUGAGCAACCAGCCUUGGUGACCUAAGUGCCACCCAGUGCUCGCCUGCAGCCGGCAGCCUGUAGCCUGCAGCCCAUGUGGCUGCUGCAGGAGCAGUGGCCGAGUCAGCUAACUCAGGAAGGGCGGCACCAUAGCCACCACUGAGUCAGUCAAGAAUAACUGGGUGUGGUGGCCACGCCCUUUGAUCCAAGAAUUCUGGAGACAGAGGCAGAUGGAUUUCUGUGAGUUUGAAUGAGGCUGUUCUACAUAUUUAGUUUCAGAACAGAUAGGGCAACAUAGAGAUUCUCUCUCUCUCAAAAACAAAAGAACAAAAAACAAACAAAAAAACGAAAAAGGAAAAUGAGCAAUGACUGACAAAGAAGCUGUUAUUGUUGAUUCAAAGAAGUCAUUAACGUCAUAAUUUGCUGCUUCUCCUGAGAACAUCUGUAUCCCAUGAGGAAAGACAUCAGCAUGAAAUUGACCACAAGAAGCAGUGAGAACCUGAAGAACAGGUGUGCCCACACGCCACAAGGGCUCUUGUGCGCUUUGAGGCCAUGUUUUCAUGAAAAGACACAACCAGGCAUGGGGGUCCACACCUUUAAUCCCAACAGUCCAGAGGUAGGGGCAGGAAGAUCAGGAGCUCAAAGUCAUCCUUGGCCACCUAGACAGACAGAGACAAGACUGGACUAUGUAGAUCCUGUUGAGAGGGACAGGGGAAAAAAUGGAUCUGACCCUGUGGGCCAGUCUUGUAGUCCAGAGUCAGGGUAGGUGAAUCGACUAACAGUGCCGUGUGGAAAGGGCAGUGGUCUGCGUCUGUCCAUUUGAAACUCUCUUGAGGGGCUGGAGAGGUGGCUCAUUGUGUAAGAGCACAAGUUGCUCUUCCAGAGGAUCCCGGUUCAAUACCCAGCACCCACAUGGUGGCUUACAAUCUAUAAUCCUAAUCCUGGGGUAUCUAACUCCCUUUCCUGGGACCUCCUUAGGUACCAGGCAUACAUGGUGCACAGACAUACAUGCAGACAGAACACCUAUGUACAUGAGUGUUAUGUAUAGUUUGUGUUAUCCCACUUUAAGCUCUGGGCAGACAGUGCUACCAGCCCCGCCCAGGUUCGGUUGGAUCGGUGGAUGAGAAACACACAUACACAUUAGUUUAUUUUUAAAUUGCUUUAACUCAAUAGCUGGGAUCUUCUAAGCCUUCCUGGGCUAUCACAAAUACCCUUCUUUUUACUCCCAGCUCAGCACC